AUGAUGGCUGGUGACUCUGUUGCCAGCCUGAAAGAAAAGAUUCUCAAAAGCAACAAAAGUGACCCCUUUAUGAGUGGUAUCAAGAAACCCUCAGAUGUCAAGAUCUUCUUGCCCGGCAAAAAUGGAAAACCUGGGAAAGAGCUGAGUGACAGUGAUGUCAUUCCUGAUGGAUCCAGCUUGGAUCAGCCUCUAGUAGUGAAGCGGAGCCAGGAUUGCUGCUACAAAAUGGGUGAUGAUGGCCAGCCUGAUUCCAUAGCAAUGUUGGCAGGUGACUCUGUGGCCAGCCUGAAGGAAAAGAUUCUCAAAAGCAACAAAAGUGACCCCUUUAUGAGUGGCAUCAAGAAACCUUCAGAUAUCAAGAUCUUCUUGCCUGGCAAAAAUGGGUUACCUGGGAAAGAGCUGGGUGUCAAUGAUGUCAUUCCUGAUGGAUCCAGCUUGAAUCAGCCUCUAGUUGUGACAAAAGAAGCAGAAAAGAAGCAGCAAGCUGCAACACCAAAAGAUGCGAAAGCAGAUGAUGCAAAGUCAAGGAUUGCUGAGAUGAAACGGCAGAGAGAAGCCAUGAAAGCAGCCGCAGCAGCUCAGAGCACAAAACCAAGGCCAACAAAAACUCGUAGUUCAGAAAAGAAGGAAGAAAAGCCAAAGCAGAAAGUGCUCGGGGAAGAGGCCCGGAGGAAAUGUUUCAUGUGGUAUGCUCGAUUCGGGCAGCCAAAUAGAGAUCUGAUGAAAAGAAAAGUGCGGAGGCUGGGAGAUGCAUGUGACAUUACUGUGGAAGAUGUUGAUGCCCUUCCAUGGAUUUGUCGUGGCGAAAUGCUUCCCGUGAAGGAGUUGAAUGAUCUCAUCAUCAAUGGGUAG